AUGGACUCAGGUUCACCGUACCAGUGGCUGAGGGAGAUGAUAUGGGAUUCCCAAAGCUUAAAUCCGAUGAGUCUUCUAAUUGAGUGUGCUAAAUGUGUUGCAUCAGGCAGCAUCAAGAAUGCAGAUAUUGGACUUGAAUAUAUUUCUCAAAUUUCAUCUCCUGAAGGUGAUGCAGCACAACGGAUGGUCACCUAUUUCAGUGAAGCACUUGGUUACAGGAUAGUCAAACAUUUACCUGGUGUAUAUAAAGCUCUCAAUUCCUCAAAAACUUCAUUGUCUUCUGAAGACAUCCUUGUUCAGAAAUACUUCUAUGAAUUGUGUCCCUUUUUGAAGUUUUCAUACCUGAUCGCGAAUCAAGCGAUUGUUGAAGCAAUGGAAUUUGAAAAGUUUGUUCAUAUUAUUGAUCUCCAUUGUUCUGAGCCAGCUCAAUGGAUAAAUCUUCUACUAACUUUAAAGAAACGUCAAGGAGGACCACCCAAUUUGAAAAUUACAGGCAUUCAUGAAAAGAAAGAGGUUUUGGACCAAAUGAGGUUUCAUUUAACAACUGAAGCUGGGAAUUUGGAUUUUCCUUUGCAGUUCUAUCCAAUUGUUAGCAAAUUGGAAGAUGUUGAUUUUGAAAACUUGCCUGUCAAGACAGGAGAUGCUCUUGCAAUUACUUCUGUUCUUCAGCUGCAUUCUCUUCUUGCAACUGAUGAUGAAGUUGUUGGGAAAUUCUCACCAGCAGGAGCAGCAUCAAUGAAUCUGCAUAGAGCAGUGCACAUGGGCCAAAGGACUUUCGCAGAAUGGCUUGAGAGAGAUAUGAUCAAUGCUUAUAUCUUGAGUCCCGAUUCUGCAUUAUCACCUCUUUCUUUUGGUGCUUCUCCUAAGAUGGGGAUCUUUCUUAAUGCUAUGCGAAAGCUUCAACCAAAACUAUUUGUGAUAACUGAACAAGAAUCAAAUCUAAAUGGAUCUAAUUUGAUGGAGAGAUUUGACAGAGCAAUGUACUUUUACAGUGCAUUGUUUGAUUGCUUGGAGUCUACUGUUAUGAGAACAUCAGCAGAGAGACAAAAACUUGAGAGCAAGCUUCUCGGAGAGCAGAUAAAGAACAUUAUUGCUUGUGAGGGGGUUGACAGAAAGGAGAGGCAUGAGAAACUUGAGAAAUGGAUUCAAAGGCUUGAAAUGGCUGGGUUUGUGAAGGUACCUUUGAGCUACAAUGGGAGAAUAGAAGCAAAGAAUCUGUUGCAGAGCUAUGGUCAUAAAUACAAGUUUCGAGAAGAGAAUGAUUGCUUGCUUGUCUGCUGGAGUGAUAGACCCCUCUUCUCUGUAUCGGCAUGGAAUUUUAGGAGAUGA